AUGGCAUCGCCGUCAAAAGCCCUUGACCCCGGCGACGCCGCCCCGGACCAGGUCGCCCUGCCGCUGGGCGGCCUCAGCCCCUCCAUGGAUGUACUGGCGGUGGCGGCCGCUCUGGCGAGUCGCGGCCACAAUGUGUCGGUCGUUGUGCCGCAGGAUGACAUCCCAUUCAGCAGGAGCGCCGCGUCGCGUCACGGCGGCGGCGACGGCGCUGACCUCCUGGAGUGGAUCGCCUACGACAUGCCCUUCACCGUCAACUCGGAGGUCAUGCGCGACAUGGCUGCCCGGGUUAAGGGAGUCAGGAACCCCCUCAGGGUGCUGGCCAACCUAAUGGAGGUCAUGGGGCGGCCCUGCUCCCUCAUGUUCUCCAAUGCAACGCUCAUGGCGGCCCUGGAGUCGGGGCGGUACGAGGCUGUCUUGACGUUCAACAUGCCUGGUGACUGGGCAGACUCGUGCGGCUGUGUUCUGGCCCACAGCCUGGGGGUGCCCCUCAUGACUGUCCACGGCAUCCCCUUCAUCACAGCACCCCUGAGCGUGCCACAGUUUGGUUCUGGCUUGGACGACCAGGCCCUCGCCACCUGGCGCGGCCGCACCCGCAACCUCCUCUCCUUCAUGAUGACACGCACCAUGUCUGCUGUCACAGGGAUCGUGUCGCGCAGAAGCAUGGCGGGCAUCCGGCGACAGCGCCGCCUGCCCCGCGGCCCAGCCAGCCAGGGCCGCGCCUGCGCCCCGAUGCUGCAGCUUGACGCCAACAGCUUCCACCUGGACCCGCCGCGGCCCCUGGGGCCACCGCACGCGCUCAUCGGCCCCAUCGCGCCCCGCUUUGCCCGUCCUAGCUUGGAGCCGCCAGAGGUGGCCGCCUUUGUGGAUUCGGCUCCCGCCGGCGUGGCGGUCGUGUCAUUUGGCAGCGCCCCCAUAUUCGGCACCUUCCUGACCCGCAAAGACUUCCUCGAGCUGUCCCUGGCGUUCGCCGAUCUGGCCCCAACGCGGGUGGUGUGGCUGCUCAAGCCGCGCAACAUGCCGGAUGACGUCAGCAUCGGAGAGCUGCCGCUCGGGGACAACACCAUCACGGCGCCUUGGGUGUCGCGCUCCUGA